AUGCCCUCAUCCACGCGCCCGCAACUCCCCAAAAACUGGCCCCCACAUCUACCCUACCUGAUCCAACCCACCUACUCCCCCUCUCUCCUCUCCUCAACUCUCGCGACCCUCCGCACGCCUCCCCCCAACGCCCAAAUCCUCGCCUCUCAGCAGCAGGGCCCUGCGGGACCUUCCCCUCUCGUCCGCAUCCGCCCCAUCAGCGACCCCGCGCAUCCAGCAAACGGCCAGCACGGCCUCUUCGCCGCGCGGGACCUCCCACCCGGUAGCUUCAUCCUGCUAUACGGAGGUCACGUGCACGGGGCCGAGGACGCAGAUCCGGGGAGCGACUAUGAUCUGAGUCUAGAUGCUGAGGCCGGCGUGGGGAUUGAUGCGGGGAGGGGUGGGAAUGAGGCGCGGUUUGUAAAUGAUUAUCGGGGGAUAGAGGCGGGGGGACCUAAUGCUGAGUUUCGCGAAGUGUGGGUUCGAAAGGGGAAGGUGGUGGAGAAGGGGAUGGGGGUGUUUGUGCUGGGGGCUGGGAAGAGUGGGAGGAGGGCAAGGGGAAUUGGGAGGGGGAGUGAGGUGCUUGUUAGUUAUGGGAAGGGUUUCUGGAGGUUGCGGGGAAUGGGAGAGGAGGAGGGAAGGAGUGAAGAGGAGGGUGGGAAGGCUGCUUGA